CUCCUAACGUGACAUGGCAAAAGCCAAUAGAUAGAGCGCAUUGCCGAGCUGUCCCGACCACCGCUGACCUAUCAGAGGCCUUGGAGUCGAUGCUUCCGGUACCUGGUGUGGACUUCGGAUCCGAAGUGGAUAACCUUUAUCAGAAAGGAUGGAAUUGGGAAAAGGAAAACUUCUCAGGACUGGGCUCAAUGCAUUGUAUCAAGCAAUACACCCAAUUCACGGCCUUGCCUGGACCGAUGGGAAUCAGGUAGUCCUGACUGAUGUACAGCUUCACGGUGGAGAGGCCAAGUUUGGGGACUCAAAGGUCAUUGGACAUUUUGAACAUGUGUAUGGGGUGUCGUGGGCCCCACCUGGGACAGCUGACGUGCCCGCUCUGCUCGCUGUCCAGCACAAGCAGCAUGUCACUGUGUGGCAGCUGUGUCCCCGUUCUACAGAGACAAGCCGAUGGCUGAUGUCUCAGACCUGUGAGAUUAGAGAAUCAUCCGCGCUCCUGCCCCAGGGCUGUGUGUGGCACCCGAAGAGUGCUGUCCUGACUGUGCUCACUGCACUGGAUGUCUCCAUUUGCCACAAUAUUCACUGUGACAGUUCGCAGGUAAAAGCAGACCGCAAUACCCAGGGCCUUAUUCACUGUGCAUGUUGGACCCAGGAUGGCCAGAGGCUAGUGGUGGCAGUAGGCAGCAGCCUGCAUUCUUAUAUUUGGGACAGUGCUCAGAAGACUCUCCAUAGGUGCUCCUCCAGCUCAGUCUUUGAUGUGGACAGCUGUGUGCGCUCCAUCGGAGCCACUGUGGCCUCACAGGUCGCCAUAGCCACCGAACUGCCACUAGCUAAGAUCUGUGGCUUACAUGCAUCUGAAACUCUUGACGUUCCACCUAGUAGUGAAGACUCUUGUCUGUAUACUUCACCAGUUUUUGAUGAUGUGCCCUCUGUGUGUCAGGGGGCAAUCCCUUCUGAGACAUCGGUGUCUCCCUUUUCUUCUUCCUCUUCAGAUCCUCUGGAUCUAACUCAUAUAAUGUUCAAUAGAUCUAAGUCUGAGGGUAAUGCUCUUAUUUGUCUAAGAAAAAAGGACUACGUGACAGGAACUGGUCCAGAUUCUUCACAUUUGGUCCUUGUGACCUUUGAGGACGAGGUUACCCAGACCAGAAAAGUCACCAUUCCAGGCAUUCUGGUUCCUGAUCUAAUAGCGUUUAAUCUUAAAGCGCAGGUCGUGGCAGUGGCUUCCAAUACAUGUAAUACAAUUUUUAUCUAUUCUGUCAUUCCAUCGUUUAUGCCAAACAUCCAGCAAAUUCAUUUAGAGAGUAGUGAAAGACCCAAAGGCAUAUGCUUCUUGACAGAUAAAUUAUUAUUAAUUUUGGUAGGAAAACAAAAAUCCACUGAUUUGACAUUUCUUCCUUCUUCAAAGUCUGAUGAGUAUGUCAUACGCUUGAUUGUUAGAGAAGUAAUGUUGGAAGAGGAGUUUCCAGUGACAUUGAAAGAAAACCUGAGUGGCUACUCUACUUUCAGCUCUCUGUUAAACAAAGCGGAGAGAAAAAAGCUCAUUGAAAAUCUUUCCCCAGAUUUUUGUCACAUAAACAGAGGGCUCUUGUUAACAGCUAAUAACAGUAGUCAAAGUGGAAGGCCCGGGGGUACCCUUAUUCAAGAAAUCAAAAGGCCUCCCUCCAGUGUCUGUGAUGGCUCCAUAGCCCUGGAAACUCUAGAUGCUGAGCCUGUGAACAGGUCAGUAACACCGCCCAGACCCAGCAGCACACCAGACCACACCAGCACCCCGGAACCUCCUAAUUUCCCUCAAAGAGAGAACUUACAAAGGGGAAUUUAUCAGCUCUCUAAGGAACUGGAAAUUAUAUCUAGGAACCUGACUGAAGUCCAGCGAUGUCUUUCUGAACUCACAGACUUCCGACAUAAUGGAAAGAAAUCUUCUCCAGUGUAUCCACUCUCACAGGAUCUGCCUUAUGUCCACAUCACUUACCAGAAAUCUUUUUGUGUAGGUUCUGUUCAAAAAAGAGAUGUGCUUCUCUGCAAUGGCAAACUAAGACUCAGUACGGUUCAGCAGACUUUUGACCUCUAUCUUAUUGAAAUGCUGCAUGACUCCCGCUGGAUCCUUCUCUCUACUGAUAGUGAAGGCUUCAUCCCACUAACUUUCACAGCCACACAGGAAAUAAUCAUAAGAGAUGGCAGCCCCAUGUCAAAUGUUUUCAGAGACUCUGUCUCAGAGUCUUGAUUCCAUUCCUUGUGUUUAAGUCUUCAGAGACGUUACUGCCCAAAGUUUAGACACCACUGGCUGUUCUAACCAGUUAGGCAGUAAGGCCUGAUGUUUUCUUGUAGAGCAUUUGCUGCGUCGCUGUUCAGAUGAGACCAUUGCAAACAAGAUCUGUGUAUCGCCGUGGACUCCACAGCUGGGAUUUGCACUGUUGCACAGAGGUGCCGCGCUUGCCAUGAUUGGCUCAGCUGCCUUUCCCUCCAUUCCCCCAGGCGGAGGCUCACUGCUCUGUAGCAGAGCUCCGUCUUGGUUAGAUGGCUCAGAAAGUGGUGGUUUAUGUAUUCAUGACUGUGUGGUUUUUUUCUAA